AUGUGGAUCAAGGACAAGGACAAGAUGGUCAGGUUGGCAAGUCCGGAAAAACCUCGUCUAGCUAAUCAGCUAAAACUUCGAACAACCAAAUCGAAUGCUAGCUUCCCAACAGAAGGUAUCUCGGUGGAUCUCGUUCUGAAAUCGCGGAUUUCAGAGUUCACCACUAGCAUCACUGCCGUAGUUGCCCAGAAGAUCACGGACCAUCAACCUAGCAUCACAGUUAGCACUGCUAGUUGGCCUAUACCGUCGAAUAUCCAGCUUGCUGACCCUUCGUUCCAUAAGCCACAGCGGAUUGACCUGCUCAUCGGAGCCGGACUUUUCUUCGAGUUGCUGUGUGUGGGGCAAAUUCAGCUGGCGCCUGGACUACCGUUGCUGCAGAAGACACAUCUAGGAUGGAUUCUUUCUGGUGGCGGGCACUCGGCCCUCAAUAACUCGUCGUUCAUCGCAACCCAAUCUUCGGAUGACAUCAAUCACAGCACUCGGCUCGAUGAGUUGGUUCGUCAAUUUUGGGAAGUGGAGCACAUCUUUGAGCCAAUCGUUAGGGCAACAAAGGAGGAGCUGCACUGCGAGGACCACUUUGUCAAACAUCACACUCGAUUACCCUCAGGAGAAUAUUCUGUUAGCUUGCCCAUGAAGCGAAGUCUGGAGUCCUUGGGCGAUUCCUACUUGCAAGCAAAGCGGCGGUUGGAAAAUUUGGAGCGCAAGUUCGUGCGUAAUCCAGUUUUAUAUUCGAAAUAUUCGGCAUUUAUGAAGGAGUACCUGUCCCUUGAUCAUAUGUCUCUGGUUCCAAAUGAAGAUAUACACAAGUGCAGAUAUUUCUUGCCGCAUCAUUGCGUCAUUAAAGAGGAUAGCUCCACGACAAAGCUGAGAGUCGUAUUCGACGGCUCUGCAGUUACCACAUCUGGUCUCUCGUUGAAUGAUCUGCUUAUGUCAGGUCCCACCAUUCAAUCCAAGCUGUUUCACACUCUCCUUCGAGUUCGUACAUUUUCCAUUGCUCUUACAGGCGAUAUCGGUAAGAUGUAUAGGUGCGUGCGUGUCUCAAUGCCCGACACCAUGCUCCAAUGCAUCUUGUGGAGGGACUCUGUUGACGACGAUAUAAAGAUCUUCAAGCUAAACACCGUCACCUAUGGGACUAAGUCUGCAUCGUUCUUAGCUAUUCGAGCUAUGCAUCAGCUGGUCAUGGAUGAGUCGUCUUCGUAUCCAUUGGGUUCGGAAACCAUUCUACAGGACUUCUACGUAGACGAUAUGAUUUCUGGAGGAAAUUCAGUCGAGGAAGUGCUGGAUAUUAUGCGUCAAACCACGGAGCUUCUUGCUUGUGGCAAUUUUCAGUUAAGGAAAUGGUGUUCAAACUCUCCUGAUGUUCUUCGUGAAGUCCCUGAGGCAGAAAGGGAAAGUUUUCUGAAGCUCGAUGAUGGCAGCGAUGUGACCAAGGCGCUUGAACUCAUCUGGGAACCCCAGAGGGACAAGUGCCUGUUUACUUUUGCACCUCAAAUCGGUGUUGGCAAGCACACUAAGCGUUCGGUGUUGUCAACCAUUGCACGGUGCUAUGAUCCUAUGGGAUUGAUUGGACCCACAUUGACCAGAGCGAAAAUCAUCAUGCAGCGCAUGUGGAGAGACAAGCUGCAUUGGGAUGAAAGUCUUCCUCAGCCACUGGAAUCGGCUUGGACUGAGUUUUGCAAGGACUUCGCUACUCCUCCAGGCCUAUGGGGCUAUUUGCUUUGCUCGAAGGCUAGAGUUGCACCAUUGAAAACCCUCACGGUGCCUAAGCUUGAGCUAUGUGCAGCGUUCCUGUUAGCCAAUUUACUUCGCGAAAUUAGGAAAAUCGAUACCUUCGACUGCCCGAUCCAUUGCUGGUCGGAUUCAACUGUGGUACUGUCUUGGUUGCGAAAGGAACCAUCCAAAUUCAACGUGUUUGUGUCUAACAAGAUUUCCGCAAUACAGCAACUUACGAGGGGCAUGGAUUGGCGCUAUGUACCAACUGAAAUGAACCCGGCUGACAUUCUUUCAAAGGGAGCAGCGCCUCAGGAGCUUUUGCAGUCUAGGUUGUGGAUGAAUGGACCUUCUUUCUUGCAAGGCGAAAGAAGUAGCUGGCCUGAACGUUGUUCGCCCGAACUCAGUCUUCCGGAAAUUAGGCAUCGAGUAUUGCUGUCGUCUGAGCGUGUCGACAUCUCGCUUUCGUUUAAGCACAUUAACUCAUUCGGAGUCAUGAUGCGCAUUUUCGGAUAUGUUCAUAAGUUCGUCAGCAAGAAAAGAUCACCUGAUCUCUCGUCUGAAGACCUUCGCAAAGGAUCGCACUUGUUGUGUCGCAUCGUUCAACGCGCCCACCUUCAUCCCGAGUACCGUGCUCUGCGGAAGGGGAACUGUGUGGAGUCCUCCAGCAGCAUUAUAUCUCUCUCGCCUUUCAUAGAUGACGUUGGUUUGAUUCGUGUUGGUGGUCGCUUGCGGCACUCAACUCUUGGCUUCGAUGCACGCCACCCAAUAAUUUUGCCCAGGGAUCAUCCAUUGACGUUCGCCAUCAUCAUGCACUUUCAUCGGAAGCAUCACCAUGCUGGGCCGCAGUCUCUACUGGGAUUGCGGAAAUGCAUCAUCUGCUGCAGGUCCAGACCUCGUCUUGUGGAACACAUAAUGGCUGACCUACCGAAGGAUCGAGUGCAGGAUUCGCCUGCAUUCAGCGUCACUGCAAUCGAUUACUGUGGUCCCUUCUAUUACAAGCCAGAUGGCCGCACUCGAACGCCUACAAAAUGCUACAUCAGCGUCUUCAUCUGUUUUGCAACAAAGGCCGUUUGGUUGGAAUUAGUGAAGGACCUCACAACUGCUGGAUUUUUGAAUGCCCUCAAACGCUUCGUUGCCACGCGCGGCAUACCCCGAUGCAUUUGGUCGGACAAUGCCACCAAUUUUGUGGGCGCAAGGAACGAGUUGGAGGACCUUCGGCGGCUGUUUAUGAGCGAGAAGCAUCGUGAUGCAGUUCAUAAUCAUUGCAUCAACAAUGGCUUCAAUUGGAAGUUUAUCCCGCCUCGCUCACCCCACUUCGGGGGCUUGUGGGAGGCAGCAGUGAAGAUGGCCAAGCAGCAUUUAUAUCGCUCCCUGGAAUCGUCACUCUUUGGCUUUGACGAGCUGCGGACAUUGGUCUGCCAAAUCCAGGCUGUAAUAAAUUCUCGUCCUCUUCUCGCAAUUUCAGAAAACCCUGAAGAUCUUGGCGUCCUUACACCAGGACAUUUUCUAAUUGGUCGUCCGCUGAUGGAGUUUCCCGAGCCAGAUGUUACAAAUCUGAACUUUAACAGACUAGAUUGCUGGCAAAGAGUCGCCUGUGCUCAGCAGAUCUUUUGGAAGCGUUGGAGUGAGGAGUAUUUGACUCUGCUACAACAACGUGCCAAAUGGCGCACACCGCAGCCAUCGAUCCAAGUCAACGACAUCGUCUGUAUAAAGGACGAAAACUUGCCGCCGUUGAAGUGGCCAUUAGCACGGGUGAUCGACAUCAUCGCCGGAGCUGAUGGCACUGUGCGAGUUGCCGUCCUGAGAACACCGUCUGGAACCACUCGUCGAGCUGUCAACAAGCUGUGCGUCCUACCCGUUGAGGAUCCUGUUAAAAGCCCUAGUCUUUCAACGGGGGGGAGUAUGUUCGGAGCAGCAGCCGAUAAUAGUUCUUCUUAA